UGGCUGCUGAUAGGCUGAGCAGGAGGAGGGCUGGGAUCUGAUUAAUAGGAGCAGGCGAGGCAGGAGACGUCAGUGAGACGGCCAACAGCGGCGGGCCGAAUAUUAACCUGAGGACCACAAGAGUUUUGCUAACGUGAUGCCUGCGGCUGAAGGUGUGGCCAACAUGAUUCCCAACCGCGUCCUCAGAGUGGGUCAAACUGUCCGUCUGGAGGGACAGGAGGCGGUGAAGCCCCAGCCCAGCGGUCACCAUGACGACGAGCUCAACCUUUCACUGGACAAACUCAACCAGCUCAUCCUGGAGCUGGAUCCCACGUUCGAGCCCAUCCAGGUGCCCAAAAGCCCUCUGUGCGUCCGCUCUCCUGCAGCGGAUGACUCCUCCCACUUCGUGCUGGUCCCCAGAGGCUGCGCCGCCGGGGCCCCGCCCACCCGGUCGCCCAGCGUGGCCGUCCCCGCGCAGCGCUGCAGCCCCGCCGGCGCGCUGGCCUUCUCCAGCUCGCCCACGCGCCGCCUCCCCCCGCUGCCCUGCGGGAGCAGCCGCCGCCCGCCCGCCUCCUCCCAGGGCUCCCUGCGCCCGUCGCGCUCCAACAGGAGCAGCGCCUCCUCGUCCUGCUCCGACACCAGCUACAUGCUCGGCAGCAACCUGUCGCUGGCCGGCGAGGACGCCGACUCCCCAGAGUCCAUCUUCGUCGGCUCCUUUGGCUCGUCGAGCGAUGGCUCCAGGGCAAAGCGAGGGCCCCAGGAGCCCAGCGGCAGAGCAGGACCCUGCGCGGCCGCCUCACCUUCGGGCUCUUGGACCGACGUUCCCGUCCUUCUGGUCAACGGCGCUCCACAGCCGGACCCCGGGCCCGACUUCACAGAGCUGCUGCAGACUGUCCUCGUGUCCAACCCCAAACCACCCUCUCCCCACAGUCUCCAGAGCCGCUUCCACGGCAGCCAGCCCUCAAUGAAGUUCGUCAUGGACACUUCCAAGUUUUGGUUUCGUCCACAUGUCAGCAGGGCAGAAGCCGAGGCGCUGGUGAAGGACAAGGAAGCGGGAACUUUCGUGGUGAGGGACAGCACUUCUUACAGAGGCAGUUUCGGUCUGGCCAUGAAAGUGAACCAGUCCCCGAGCAGCUCGCCGGCCUGCCCAGGCGAGUCUGGGUCCGACCUCGUCAGACAUUUCCUCAUUGAGUCAUCAGCGAAGGGCGUGCGCAUCAAGGGCUCGUCUCAGGAGCCGUACUUUGGAAGUCUAUCAGCCCUGGUCUAUCAACACACUAUCACUGCCUAUGCUUUACCCUGCAGGUUACUGCUGCACCCUCAAGAACCCGGCACAGCGGACGACGGGGACGAUGAUGAAUCAGCAUCGAAAGAGAAAAAUAAACUAGCCUGUAAUUUCAUCUAUUUGAACACGGUCUCCGUGGAGAUGCUCACAGGCCCGUGUGCGGUGCACAAAGCCGCCUCGUCCACGCUCGCCAGCGCCCCCGGCUCCCUCACGCCCACCGUGGUCAACCUGAAGGUGUCUCCGAAGGGCGUGACGCUGACGGACAUCAACAGGAAGCUCUUCUUCAGGCGCCAUUAUCCCGCUCACCUGCUCAGCUACUGCGGAGAAGACCCGGACGCUCGACUGUGGCUGAGAGGCACCAGCUUUGGCGCAAGGAUGUUUGGCUUCGUGGCAAAAGGCACAGAGUCUGGAAGGGAGAACGUCUGCCACAUCUUUGCAGAACACGACCCGCUCCAGCCCUGCAACAAAGUGGUGGAGGUGGUCCAGGCGGCCAUAGCCAAACUCUAGAGACGGGACGGACGGCCAUUAGUCCCCCGGCUCUGCUUCUCCAGCAUCAGCAUCACUGCCCCACGCUCUACAGCUGUACAGCUGUGCACAGCACUGCAACUCUACAGUUGCACACAAAAGUGUGUGACGUUAAAUACUGCACAAACAGAUGAAAGCGUGGCAAAGACUCAUCAUCAUCAUCAUCAUCAUCAGCAGCAGCAGCAGCAGCAGCAGCGGAGACUAGGUGUAGAAACCCUAAAAGGCUUCAUCUGAAAAGUGUUUAAACAGAAAUGCUUGAUUCCUUGGGUUCAUUACAAAGCAGAAACACUGGAAUGUAUUUAUUAUGCUGCACUGUAAGCGUAUGGACAUUCAUACACUAUUAAAUAUCACAGAUGUAAACAUACGGAA